AUUGCCUGCCUCCUGCUAUUUGGCCUCAUGAUCCAAGGAGUAUUGUCCAUGAGAGAGCAAAGAGCCGGGUCCCUCAUUUCUGCACCUCUCAUUGCCCACCAACUCAUGCUUUAUUUUUAAACCUGAACAAGCUGAAAGCCAUUUUUGUAAGAGGAACCCUGGAUACCAACGGAGCACGCAGAACAAUUUUCAGGGCGUGGAGCCCAGUGAAAAUGGGUUGGCUCAAAUUCUGGAAAUGAAAAUUGAAUUGGAAUUGGGACCAGCUUCUUGCUUUCAUGGGAUCCCUGAAUUUGAGAGCUGGGAUCAUUGAUGCAGACCUGGAAAGGACCCCACAGGGCAGCAUGUCCAGCCUCUUCAUGCUACAAAUGGGGAAAGUGACGUCCAGAGAAAAAGAUUCGUGGCAAGAGCAAAGCCUCAGGCUCUGGUCUACGUGAAGGGGAUGAAGUGGUCUCUAUCAAUGGCACCCCGUGCACAGAUCUUACAUACUCAGAAGUCAUCAAACUUAUGGAAAACAUCACUGAUUCUCUCCAGAUGCUUAUCAAAAGACCAUCCAGUGGAAUAAAUGAGACCUACAUCCCUGAAACUGCAAACAAAGAGCAUGACCACCUUGUCCAUGAGGACCAUGUGGAGAGAACCAGCCUGCAAAUUUGGCCCCACUGCACCCAGAGCCAGAGGGCAUUUCCUGGCCAGAAAGAUGAAAAGAGCCCUGACUGUUCAGGAGAGACCAAGCCAAGCCCCCAGAUAGCUCUGCACCCCCCAAGAAGACCCUGGGCAGAGUCAAUAGUCUUGGGGGAGAUAGAAGGGGGCAGGCCAGGAGCCGUGGUGGAGCUGCAGUUGUCCCUCUUGCCUGACAGACACAAAGACCCUGGGGCCUCGGUGGGGAUUAUCCCGGAAGGAGCUGAAAGCCACCCCUCCCCUGACCCUCACCCAGACCAGCUGCAGGGAGGGUUUGGCCAAGGAACGUCUGCCUUCUCUGAUGAGAAAGAGGAUUCUGGUCAGGGGCCCAGUGACAAGCUAAUUCAGCUCUCUAGUGGCCAAGAGUUGCAUGUUACCCAGGGGAGAGAGGCAGGAGCCCCCCACCUCUCCAAGGCUGAAGUGGUCAUCAACUACUCCUACGACGCAGAGAAGGCAGAAGGGUCCAACUGGGCAGGAAGAAAGGGGUGUGGUGAUUUUCAAGUGGAAGGAGGGCGGGCUGAAGCACCUCCUUCUGUGGUCUCCUUUCCCCUCUCCUCGGAAGGCCCCGAGCAGGGAGAAGAUCAGCAGAUCUCAGAGAGGGAUCACCGGAGGCCCCACAAGCACAGAGCCCGGCACGCCCGCUUCCGGCGGAGCGAAAGCUUGUCCGAGAAACAGGUGAAGGAAGCCAAGUCCAAGUGUAAGAGCAUUGCCCUCCUCCUCACAAAUGCCCUCAACCCCAACUCCAAGGGGGUUUUGAUGUUUAAGAAGCGCCGCCGGAGGGCGAAGAAGUAUACCCUGAUCAGCUACGGCACUGGAGAACUUCAGCGGGAAGCCGACACCGAGGAAGAAAGCGAAAAAGACGGGCUUGUGGAAGUGAAGUUCACGAGCGAGUCGGAGGUAGAUGAAGAGAUCGUCUCGGACGCUGACGACGACAAAGAAGCCCCAGUGUGGACCUCGGACUGGGACUCUGGCCUGGUAGACGUUGAGAAGAAGUUGAAAAGUGGAGACAAGAUGCAGAUGCUGCCAGACAGCUCGGGGAAGGGCGUCCUCAUGUUUGCCAAGAGGAGGGAAAGAAUGGACCAGAUCACGGCUCAGCAAGGGGAGGUGAAGGCAGAGGGAGUGGCCCGCGGGGAAUUCGAGGGUGGCCAAGCAGAUGGGCUGAGAACAGUCACUUCCUACCAGACGAGAGAAGAAGAAAGCAUGAGAAUGCAGAGCAACGUGGCGAAAAGCUACCUGGAAGGAAGCCACACAGCUCAACAGAAUGGUUUGAGUGGAGCCCCAGACAUGCCCGAGGCCCACAGAUUGGCAGCCUCCAACAGGACGGCCAAGCCCUUUCCAGGGUCAGCGAACCAGGCCGCGGUGCCAUUUUCCCCUACCAGAAACCUAGGAAGUCCUCUGUAUGACUUUCCUGCGCCGCCCCCUUACUCUGCGGUAACCCCUCCUCCAGAAGUAUUGUCCAGAGGGGUGACCAGCCCCGUAGCUGCCCCAGCACAGCCACCUCCAUGGCCCCAGCCAGCCCCGUGGGCCCAGCAGGCUUUUUAUGAGCCAACCGAACAGAUCGCUUCCCGGGAUGAAAGGAUUGCUGUGCCAGCCAAGAGAACGGGCAUAUUGCAGGAGGCCAGGCGGAGGGGCGCCUCGAAGCCCAUGUUUACCUUCAAAGAGCACCCCAAGGUCAGUCCUAACCCUGAACUGUUGUCACUCGUGCAAAACGCAGAGGGCAAGAGAGGUCCUGGAGCCGGCUUCGAGUCAGGACCGGAAGAAGACUACCUCAGCCUGGGAGCAGAGGCUUGCAACUUCAUGCAGGGCCACUCUUCGAAGCAGAAGACCCCUCCUCCUGUCGCUCCCAAACCUUCUGCCAAACCGUCCCCCUCUCAGCCAGUCACUCCCGUCUCCCCGGUCUGGUCUCCAUCCACAGCAGCUCCUAGCCAACCUCCCGCGUUCCCUGUUUCAAACCGGCCCCAGGGAAUAGUUGCAUCUGCCAUUAAAAUAGCUCGGCCUGCUUCCACCGCUUACCAGCCCCCGAGUGCUCCCAGUGUGGCCGGUCCCUUUAAAGGCCCUCAAGCAGCAGUGGCCAGUGUGAACUACACACCCAAAGUGAUGCCUGCAGGAAACGCCACGCCGGUCUCUGGGGCGGGACCACCGAGCGAGCUGCCAGAAAUGAGAGGCAAAGGGGCCCAGCUCUUUGCUAAGAGGCAGUCUCGGAUGGAGAAGUACGUGGUAGACUCGGAAAAAGUACAGGCCCACAUGGCCCGCGCUCAGUCUCCCACUCCAUCUCUACCAGCUUCUUGGAAAUAUUCCUCCAACGUGCGAGCCCCGCCGCCCGUGGCUUACAAUCCAAUCCUCUCUCCAUCCUACCCUCCGGCGGCGAUCAAGCAGCAGCCCGGAGCUGCGGCCCCCUCCAAGCCAGGCAAGAAGAGGGGGAAGAAGCCUCUCAAUGCUUUAGAUGUCAUGAAACACCAACCGUAUCAGCUCGAUGCGUCUCUAUUCACUUUCCAACCUCCGGAUGCCAAGGACGGCCCAGUCCCCAAGCCCCUGGCCAAGCUCGCUCCGGUGCCAGUCUUGAAGCCUGCUCCUUCCUCCCAGCCGGUCAACGCUAGCUCAGCCCCCACCUUCCGAGCUUCCUCCGUGUGCUCCGUGCCAGCCUACAGCGCCCAGCCCACCUACUACUCUGAGGCUGCCGCCACGCCAGUUAGCCCGUCCCUGGCGUCCCCGGUGUCCCCGGUGCACGUAGCCCUGCCUACCUCUCCCAAGCCCGAGUCGGCCCCCGCCACUUACUUUGUGGCUCCAAGGCCCAAGUUCUCGGCCAAGAGAAGCGGCGUCACAGUUCAGGGUGGUGGACAGUCCUUACCAUGUUUUGGAAGACCUAUUGCAGCCACUGUAUCUCCCACUUCUCCUCUGAUGUUCCAACCUUCCCCCAGUUACCCCAGCAAACCAGUCAGUGAGCCUGCAAAAGUCAACAAGAGACUCACACCUUGGGAAGCAGCUGCUAAGUCACCCCUUGGCCUUGUGGAUGAUGCAUUCGGCCCCAGAAGUAUCCAGGAAUCCAUCGUUGCCAAUGUAGUCUCUGCUGCCCAGAGGAAGAGCUUGCCAGAGCCACUUCAGGACUGGAAACCAAGAGUGUCCUAUGCACCCCAGGCUCAGAAGGCAAACCUGGUCCCAUUCCACAGGAGGGAGAAGGGCAUCCCCAAUCUGCCACAAAGCACCAGGGCAGCCACUUAUGCCAAAAGCCAGUAUGAUGCCCCAUUGCCACAUUUCAACUAUCACAGGAAGCCAUCUAGGACUGGGAUGAUGAUGGAGACCAGGUCUGAGUAUGGCUACUCCUUCAGGGAUGGCAACUACAAUCCACACCCAAGAGGUUGGAAGCGUGAGACCUGAGAUUUCCCCAGGGUAGAUAGAGAAAGCCUCCCUUUCUGCCCUUACCGUCUGCUAGUUCUAAUAGCCAAGCCAUGGAACAAAUCAAGUGAUCUUUUCUUGGUCCAAUCUUUUAUUCUUGGCAAAAGAAAUAGAUUUGACUCACAUGGCUCUGAGAUUCUUCUAUGUGAGAGAUCUGCUCAUUUUUUUUUCGGUCUUUAGUUCCCCAAGUCACAUUUGUAUAUUUUAGCAUGGGAGAGUGUACACACAUGCUCAUUCAAACUUUAACUCAAAAUACCAGCACUUACUCUUUCCUACUCCUCACUCAAGCAAGGGAUGGGAAAAAAAGAGAUUGUCUUUGUGGGAGGAAAACGCAAUUGUCUGAGCUGGUUUCUGGAGUUCUUAGCCUCACAUCUAUGAGAGUUACUGGGUCUCCUGUCUGACCUUUGUGCCAUCAAGAGUUAUAGAAAGGAAGGAAUACCCGGUAUUUCCAUACCUGGCAUUGCAGAUCCAUGACAAGGAGCCUAAUUUGGGGGAAGCUUUCAAAGGCAAUGCACCAAUGUGGUUUGUAUGGGAAGGAAUUCCCUGCCGAUUUUUUUUUAAAGUAUUUCCCUCAAUAGCUUAAUAUCUAAUUAAAUUCAUUUUUCUUUAAGAAACUGAUAGUAGUUAUAGACAGUCUGUGAAAGAGACUAAUGAAAUGGACAUUUUAGGGUAAGGUCACAAGAAAUGCCAGAAUUAUUUUGAGACCAAUAGAGUUGUACAUCUGAAGUGGGAAAGAUUUACAUAGUGUAUCAUUUCUAAUCAAUUUGUAUUUGACCUUCUAAGAAUGAAAUAGGUACAGGGAUAGGGACUGAUUUCAUUGAUAUAAGGCACUUUCCAAUGAGGAAACUCCCUCUAGCAAUGCAGGUUGGUACCUUCUUUACAAUU